UUUUAAUUUAAUCUAUUUGUGUGAUAGAAUGCACUGAUUUAGCACCCCGUACAUCCGUUCUACUGGAGUAGCGUGCGCUAAACGUAGCAUGAAAGAGCUGAUUUUCUAUUACGAUGUUGUUUGUCCGUUUGCGUUCAUAGCUAGCCGUCUCGUCGAGGGUCUUGCUCGUCGAACCAACGCAACUCUACAAUGGAGACCGGUGUUGCUAGGAGGCUUGUACGAGGGAACAAAAGCUCCGCAAGGAAAAGACGGGUCGGCUACUGAUGUAAUGUCUGCUGCUAAACGUCAGAUUGUAAAUGAAGAUCUUAUUCGAACAAUGAAGAGACAUGGGAUCGUUGCUUCUUUUCCAUCUGGUCAUCCAGUGCAGAGUUUGAAGGCAAUGCGACUCCUUUCGGCGACGGAUUUCGAUGGACAUACAAGAGUGCAGCUUACUCAUCAGCUGUACAAGUCAUACUGGGUUGACAACAAAGACAUUACAGACAGUCAUUUUUUGCAGUCAGUUGUUGCCGACAUUGGCUGGCAUGUCGAUGUCGAUGAAGUAACAGGAAAACAAUCUGUCAAAGACGAGUUAAGAAGAAACACAGACGAGGCCCUAAAGCAUGGAGCAUUUGGUGUACCAAGUUUUUGCGUCAAUAAUCGUUUAUACUUUGGAGUUGACAGAAUGCACUUUGUUGAGCAAGAAUUAAAUGGCAACAAGGUUGCAAUGCCACGUAUGGUGAUGCCACCUGCACCUGGUGUGCCACCUCUAGAAGCCAAACUGACAAUAUUUCAUGAUUUUUCAAGCCCGUGGAGCUAUCUGGGAAGCCAACAGAUAAGAAAUCUGGUUGAUACUGUUUCACCCGUAAGAGUUACUGUUGAGUGGGUUCCUAUUCUACUCGGUGCACUAUUCAAGGAAACUGGAACGCCGUUGGUUCCAUUGGCUGUUGCUUCACCUGCCAAGGUGGCCUAUGGUCAGCUAGAUAUUCAAGACUGGGCUCGGUAUGGUGGAAAUAUCUCGAUUCGGUGGCCAUCAAACUUUCCGCUUAGAACUGUGACUCCACUGCGAGUUUCCAUAGCAGAGCCAAGUGACAAGCUUCGAGAUGCAAUAUAUCAAGCAGCAUGGGCAGAUGACAAGAAUAUUGCUGAUGUCAAGGUGUUAACGUCAGUUCUCGAAAGUGCAGGCUUUGAUGGCCAACACUUAAUCAGUGUUGCUGGCAGAGCUGAUGUGAAGGAGCAGCUGAAGAUCAACACGUCGAGAGCUGUAGCUGCUGGUGCGUGUGGUGUUCCCAGUUAUAUGGUGAAUGAUGGGCCUACAGUUAUUUGGGGCCAGGACAGGUUGAAUGUCGUGGCAGAUAUGCUUUGUGGAUGGAAAGAUGAAGACAUUUCUACAGCAAAACUUUGAUAGAGUUGCUUUUCAGCUGAAUUAUCUAUGCUACCUUUUUAGGUUGUUGUUAGAGUCUACUCUGCUGUCACCCAUGGCCACAGUAGCACUCGAAUACAUCAUUUGCUAGUAGUUUAGUUUUAAAUCUUAGAUUGAUUUUUGUUAUUUGCACAUCAGUUGCAUUGCUAUGUGACUUAAAAUUGGAGAAACAAUUUGUGACUUAUGAUCUGCAGGUACAAUUUGUGUA